AUGUUGACUCUUCCCGCGACCCUGUCUACACAAACAAUCAACUACCUCGUGGCAUCCGGUCUGGUCGGCGCAGGUGUCAUUCUUGGACGAUACGUCAUUCCUCGAGCCACCACUCCUGCUCCCCGAAAGCUAGCUGCACGAAGACUAUCUUCAUCUUCGAUAUCCUCUUCCGAGGCCGACUCGUCCGAGGAUGAGUUCACAGAGGAAGACAUCAAGCAGCUGCAGGCUCACGAGGACAAAGCCCGUGGAGAAUUGAAAAUGGUGCUGGUGGUGAGAACUGAUCUCAAGAUGACUAAGGGCAAGAUCGCAGCCCAGUGUGCACAUGCAGCUCUGGCAUGCUACAGACAGUCCUCCGAUCUCAAGCCUAAAACCACCCGAUCAUGGGUCCGAUGGGGCCAGGCCAAGGUGGCCCUCCAGGUCAAGUCUGAGGCCGAGCUGUUCGAGCUCAAGCGACAAGCUCUCGAGCGAGGUAUCAUCGCCUGUGUGAUCCGAGACGCUGGCCGAACCCAGAUUGCUGCAGGAAGUGCCACUGUUCUAGGUGUCGGCCCUGCUCCCAAGUCUGAGAUUGACCGAGUCACUGGUCAUCUAAAGUUGCUGUAA